AUGGCUGCUUCACGUGCGCUCACAGAAGACGAUAUUCCUGGAGCUUCUCUUCGAGGUAGAUCGCCUGCCACGCUAAAAAAUGAAGAACUUCGUUUCUGGCUGAAAUGUAGGGGCGAUACAUUGAAAGGACUGAAAACAAAAGCACAAUUAGUGAAAAGGUAGGAUGCUCGUACUUCGACCGAUUCGCGGAGAUUUCGCGCCUCGCUUGCCUUGAUUGCAAUUGCGGUAACCAAAGUUUAAAAACGAUCUUAUCUUCCCUUCUGUUUAGGGUUGAGGAAUAUAUCAAAGAAGGUCGUGAUCAAAAUAUAGUAGAUCCGGAUCCUGACUCCAUAUAUACAAAGCGCAAGGAACGCUUGGUGUAA